AUGGCUACAUCCGCGCGAGAAGGCUCCAAGCCCUCAAUCAAUCGCCAAACAACAACUCCCUUUCACCUCAAACUAUUCUACCGGGUCAAUAACUACCAUCCUAUCUCCGACUACAGCAUCCCCAGCCCGCCGCGCCGCAGUGGUCCCGUCAGCGGACCCAAUGCCAUUCGCGCGCCGUCUCCUCCACCGGCAGCUGCACCACUUCCUCCACACCUCGAGAUUUACACAUGGCAGUCAUGCACACUGCGCGAGCUCUCCCAGCUUCUCACCUCCGCUCUUCCAUCAUUACUCCCUGAUCCACCUGUGGGUACCCGCCUCUGCUUCCGCCUGAUCUACCCAGACGCACGAGGUGCAGCUAUGAUGGGCGGCGAUGCGCGUGGCCGAUACUUGAGCCGAGACUUGGGAAGUGUGAUUGUUGGACCAAGAGAUAGUCCAUACCGUGGGGAAGAGGAUGCAGAGGAUCGCACCGAACCACGGUCUCGGGCGGGCCCCAUGCGAUUCCAGGGCGCUGAUGCAGACAAAGCCUUGCAAGAUGCCCGAUUCAUUAUUGGAGACUACGUUGAAUGCGCGAUCUUGCCACCCCUCGAGGAUGGGUCGGUAGCGCCUGCGCUCCGCAGUGCAUCUGGUCCGCCUCCGAUGGGAAGUGGCAUGCGCGCAUUUCGGGAAAACGGGUUUGCAGGACGGGGCCGUGGUGGCUACCGUGGAGGUGAUCGUGGGGUUGAUCGUGGAGGGCCUCCUGCGCUUCCUGCUGGGGAUUGGAAACGGGGGGAGAGGCUACCCGAGGGAGGCUCUCGAGGCGGAGGUCGCCGGGGAUGGGCGCCGUAUUGA